GACGGCGACGACGCGGACGCAGACAGCGAGGCGCGACCAUCGAAGAAGAAGUGCGCGUCCGACUCCAAGGGCGGAAAGCCGCGACGCGCGCGUACCGCCUUCACGUACGAGCAGCUGGUGUCGCUGGAGAACAAGUUCAAGCAGACGCGCUACCUCUCCGUGUGCGAGCGGCUCAACCUGGCGCUCUCCCUCAACCUGACCGAGACGCAGGUGAAGAUCUGGUUCCAGAACCGGCGCACCAAGUGGAAGAAGCAGAACCCGGGCGUGGACGUCAACAGCCCGACGGUGGGUCCGUCGCCGCCGUUCCCGCCGUUCUCGUCACCGUCGCUGCUGUACCCGACCGGCGCGCAGCUGCACAGCUUCCCCGGGCUCGGUCUGCCCUGCGUGCUGCCGCACGGGCUCGCUUCCCACCCCUUCUACUCGCACAUCAACCGCUGACGCGUCGACUCAGGCGCGCCGUAUGACAAUGCAGAUGCGGCUCCGGGGGCCUUGCGUGGCGCCGGGAUUCGGGGGAGGGUGGAUUCGCGAGGCAGGCAGUCCACGCGUCUGUUCGCGAUCGUUCCGCGGCGUCUAUACCAGCGUUUGCACUGGCUUCUUCGUCAUGCCGCUCCGCAGUGCGCUCGCGUGUACGCCAGGGUUCGGUCCUCGGUCCGCUGUUUUUUUGUGAUUUGGGGAACUGACGCCUCCGUGGCUCUUUUGCUGUUUUGAGAGUGCAAUAGCUGCGCACCAGAGCGUGGCGCCGAACUUGGCCCUGUCUAUGGCUCCAAUCCGGAUCAGAUCCUCCGGCCAUUUCGACAGUCAGAGGAAGGCGUCACGUCACGUUUGCUGUCACGUGCGACCCCUGCUGAGACAGUGAGUGAUAUGGAUGAGGCCUGGGUGUGCCACAUAUAGUUA